AUGGGGGAGUCCGGAACACACUAACAUCCAUAAUUGAUGUUGACAUGAAAACUCAGCCAACACUAUCAGGCCAAUUGAAAUUCCCAAUCAGCCAGUUCAACAAUUUCAUCUUUAAGGACAGUGGUAUUCUGGCAUUCAAGUCAUACAGUUUUGGAGAGCAUCUUAUACCAUCUGAAAAGCUUGAAGUUGUAACAAAGAAUUUGGUGGACAUCCCAGAAGCUGUGAUUGUUGCAAGUCCCAAACCUUCCACUACAAAGGCAAGGCAGAAGAAAUCUACAAGUCGUUUGUUCUCAUGUUGUGAUCCGGAUUGUGUUAAAGAGUUUAGGAAAGAAAGUCAAUUAUUGAACCACCUAGCUAUUGGAAAUCAUGUGUAUGACAGUGAAGAACAGGACAACAUACUGGAUACCACAAAAAGAAUAUGGGUGCAGACUUGCACAAAAUUUAGAUCCACCCAACCCAGUUUCACAGUAGAAACUCAUGACCUUGAAGAUGAAGUCGUGUAUGAAACACAGGCAUAUGCAUUGAAACAAAGGAGGAAAAGUACUCGAUUUUCCAGCAAAGUUAAGAAUUUUUUGAUUGAGAUUUAUGAUGAAGGAGAAAAAACUGGACGAAAGGCCAAUCCCUAUACCGUUAGUAAACAGAUGCGAUUAGAAAAGGAUCCAGAAGGGAGAAGACUUUUCGGCCCAAGUGAAUGGCUGACACACCAGCAAAUUAGAAGUGUGUUUGCCUCUUUUGUUGUGAAAGCACGGAAAUCAUCAAGUUCUUCUUCCCAAGCAAAACGUUUGAAGUUGGAAGAGGUCAAUGACGAAGAGGAUGAACUUUUGGAAAAUAUUAUUGAAAGUCUUCAUGCGACAGAACAAUAAGAGGCAGUUCAAGCUAUUGCCAAUGAACUUGCAAAGUGAAUGUGUUUCAUCAUUUAAUAUUGUUGAAUAUAUUUGUACAUAUAUGCAAUUUUACACCAAAAUCUACGUAUAAUAUUCACUGUAGCGAAUUAUGAUUACUUCCUAAAUUCUUUACUAGUAAUUGUUGGAAAAAAUGUACAUGUCCACUGUAGUGAAUCAUGUGUACUUCCUAUAUUCUUUAUUAGUAAUUGUUGGGAAAAGCAAUCUUUGAAAUACAUCUUUCUUUUUCUCAGUGUUAAAAAUAUGAAACAUAAUGAGGUUUUUUAUGGUAAGAUUUACUUUCAAAAUAUUUUCUUAGACAUCUGAUGAUUUUGUUCUGAUAUAUGACAUUGGGUUGAAUUCUAAUGCGAAAUUAAAGUAUCAAAUGUGUUUUGCUACUUAUUAGAAAAUUUCAUAUCACAGUUUUUACAGAAGAAUAAGGUAUGCUGUGUAUUAUUUUGUAUUAUAAGUGUACAAACAUACUUGCAUGUAACUUGGUGUUUUCAUUUAUUGUUCUAUUGUUACCUGAGAACACUGUGUGAGGAAAAUGUUUACAGUAGCAUGUGUAUGAUUAACUUCUAUAUUUUCUUAUGUGUACCAUAUUUCUGUAUGUACACAAUGUUUAGCGUUAAUAUUUUGUCAUUACAUGUAUUCACGACAUGUAAUGAUUUUUUUUUUUUUUUUUAUUUUUUUUUUUACAGUUUAUGAAUUAAAUUGUAAUGGAUGUUACAGUGUAUGUAUAAUAUUACAUUAAUUAUUCAUGUGUGGAGCAUGUUAUUAUUAUUACUUGUAAUUACAGGUUUACCUUUUAAUUGAAUAUUUGA